AGGCGGGUCCUUUGGUUUCCGAGUUUGAGUUUUUCGUCGACAUUCAGUUGUGAGAAGUGACAAACAAAUGCAACAUGCGUUAAAGAAUACGCGUGUGUUUAUUUCUGUUCGCCAGUUUAAUUUUUUGUUAUUUCGUUGUUCUUAAAAAAAUGAUAAGCCGAAACGUGGAAUUUCUUGGCUGUGGAAGAAGGGCUUAACAAGAGCCUCACAGAUUAAUAAAUCCGCAGCAGGGCAGAAUGGUAGGUUACUAUCGAACGGAACAGAUCUCGAAUAUCACGAUGUCGGUUAGCAACGAAGUAUCGACUGUGGAGACACUAAAUACAGUGAAAAGUGUCGUGUGCAGCCCGGAUUUAACCGCGUACACAUCACCGACGUGCGGUGCCGAGACUCUGUCGGCAAAUGUCGAAGACAAGCCAUACCAGUGCUUGCUGUGCCAAAAAACCUUCAAUCAGAAGAGUCUAUAUCAGAGCCAUCUGCGCUCUCAUGGUAAGGAAGGAGAAGAUCCUUACCGAUGUAACAUUUGCGGGAAAACUUUUGCGGUACCUGCUCGACUGACUAGACAUUAUCGUACGCACACGGGUGAAAAACCAUACCAAUGCGAGUACUGCAGUAAAUCGUUUUCCGUAAAAGAGAAUUUAAGUGUGCACCGGCGUAUUCAUACAAAAGAGCGACCUUAUAAGUGUGACGUGUGCGAACGUGCAUUUGAACAUAGUGGCAAACUGCAUCGUCAUAUGCGGAUUCAUACCGGGGAACGGCCGCAUAAGUGUACUGUCUGUUCAAAAACGUUCAUUCAAAGCGGACAGUUGGUAAUCCACAUGCGUACACAUACCGGGGAAAAACCAUACGUUUGCAAAGCCUGCGGAAAGGGAUUCACUUGCUCCAAGCAAUUAAAAGUACAUACACGUACGCAUACAGGAGAAAAACCUUAUACUUGUGACAUUUGUGGCAAAUCCUUUGGUUAUAAUCACGUGCUAAAAUUACAUCAGGUUGCCCAUUAUGGCGAAAAGGUUUACAAGUGUACUCUUUGUCAUGAGACUUUUGGUUCCAAGAAAACAAUGGAAUUGCACAUCAAAACUCAUUCAGAUUCAUCAGUCACUGGUUCUCCUCGGGACUCACCAAUUGAGCCAGAUAUUGAGAUCUCCCAGGCAAACAGUGUGAGCACUAUUAGUGACAAGGAGAACCACAAGACUGAAGAGCAAAACGAUGACGUUGCUACUUACAAUGACACUUCACAGGAUUUUCCAUACUAUAUGUAUUCCAGAGAGCAGUAUUCACAACCACUUCUGGUGCCUAGUAAAGAUAGAGUUUUUCAAACGACACCUGUGGUCUGUAUGGAACAGCCUCACUUAUUUUUGUACCCAGAAGUUUCUCCGACAUAUACCAGCUUUGGAAUUCAAACUAACAACUUUGUCAGUGACUGUUCAUCUCUUCUCAAUUUACCAGGAAAUGAUGCUCGAAGAAGAGUUGAGGCUGCACUUGAAGCGGUUGAAGAAGAAAGACAGAGAGAGUAUGCAAUCAGGGUUGAAAGAGAACCCAUUCUAACUCCUCCAAGUAGCAAUCCUGUGAGUCCUGUACCUUCGCCAGAUCCUCUUGAUUUGGCCAUUCCUGUAAGAGAAACAUUAAUUCUGCCUCCAAGAAAGCGUUGCAAAAUGAUCUUGGAGUCAAUGGAAAGUGAAAGGAAUGGUCUUAUUGCUUCACAGAGGCAGAACUCUGUUAUUCAAUUUGCAAAAGCUUCAUAGUGCAGAGUUUGGAAGAAAUUUAUGGUGAACCAGUGAGACAUAAUCCAAGUUUUGUGAAAAAGUAUAAAGGAUUUAGAUGCAUCUGUAGAACAGCG